AUGGCGGAAUUAUUGUGGAAGAGAGGCACAACUCUUGGUCAAGGUGGAUUUGGUGUUGUCUCGUUAGCUUCUACGUCUAACGCACUAUUUCAUGGCGUUACUCUUCCCUCUCUUAUUGCCAUCAAGUCUUGCAACUACAGUGAUUCUCAAUCGUUGAAAGAAGAAGAGGAAUUUCUCGGUAUGUUCAAACAUUCUCCGUGCAUUAUUCGCUGUUUCGGAGCUAAUCUCUCAUUCGAAGAUGAAGUCAUCAUUUACAACUUAUUGCUGGAGUAUGCAUCAGGAGGAAGCCUUGCCAAUCGUCUUCGCAAUUGCAAUUCAUUGCCCGAGUUUGAAGUUAAAAAACACACAAAGAAUGUUCUUUUAGGCCUCAGUUGCAUUCACACUAAUGGAAUUAUUCACUGCGACAUCAAGCCUGACAAUAUUCUCCUGGUGGGCACAGAAGAAACUGCCAAGAUUGCUGAUUUCGGGCUUUCCAUGACUUUUGAACAGGCCGUGAAAGAAAAACGGGAACUGAUGAUCAGGGGAACAAAAAGGUAUAUGGCACCUGAAUUGGUGCGUAACUAUGACUAUGGCCCACACGUUGAUAUUUGGGCUCUUGGUUGCACUGUCUAUGAGCUGAUUACAGGGACACCGCUGUGGGACGGAGAUGAUGAUCAUGUGUUGCACCAAAUCGCGUUUGAGAAACCUAAGUUUCAGAAUUCAAAGUUGUCAAAGGAAGCCAAAGAUUUUCUGAAGAGAUGUCUUGCGAAGAAUCCCAGCUCGCGUUGGACUGCCGAUGUGCUCUUGAACCAUCCUUUUCUGCAGAAUUCGGCCAUAGAAAGGAGAUUUUUCGGAAAAAAACUAAGACAGCCUGUUAUAGAGCAAAAACUUUGA